AUGAAAUUAAGAGAUAUUUCUAAAUUUGAAAAACUUAAUCCAACUAUUCCAGGGAUCAAUGCUUUUUCAGUUAAUGAAAACAAAAAGUUUUAUCCUUUGAGAAUGGCAGAGAGAGAUUGUUUAAAUACUGUUGAUUUGUUUUUAUAUGAAGAAGAUGGUGUUUCUCAUUAUUCACCAAUUAAAAACUUUACUCGUUUGAUUAAAUCGCAAAAAACUUCAAGUAAGAAUGGUACAGUAUUUAUUUGUAAGAAAUGCUUUAGUCAUUUCACUAAGAAUGAAAUAUUACAAAAGCAUAUCUUAUAUUGUUCAAAUAAUGAAACAGUGGCUGUAAAAAUGCCUCUACAAAACACAAUGUUAGGUUUUAAAAAUUACCACAAUCAACUUCCAAUUCUUUUUGUAGUUUAUGCAGAUUUUUUGAAUGUUUUGCCAAGCCAAUGAAUACUUGCAGUCCUAAUCCAAAAGAAUCGUAUAAUUACAAUUACCAAAAGCAUGAACCAUCAGGAUUUUGUUUUUAUAUAAAAGGAAUAGUUCCUGGUAUAAAAUUUGAACCAAUUACUUACACAAAAACCAAAGACAGUGAUAAUAUUUCUAAAAUAUUUGUUUCUAAAAUUGCAAAAGUAACUAAUAAGAUAUAUAAUGAUUUCUAUCGUCGUCCAAUACCUCUUAGACUAACACACGCCGAACAAAAAUCAUUUGAUGAAGCGGAGAUUUGUCAUAUUUGUAAGAAAGAAUUACUGUCUGACAAAGUUAGAGAUCAUUGUCAUUUUACUGGUCAGUACCGUGGAGCUGCUCAUAACAGUUGCAAUCUACAGUGUCGAAAACCAAUGAUUCUUCCAGUUAUAUUUCACAAUCUUCAAGGAUAUGAUGCUCAUUUGUUUAUAAAACAACUUGCUUGUUUACCAGGUGAGUUAAACUGUAUUCCAUCUACGGAAGAAAAGUAUAUCUCCUUUUCCAAAAAGAUUAAGGUUGAUGAGUAUAAAUCUAGACUUAAUGGAGAAAUUAUUCCAUUAUAUUUUGAAAUACGAUUUAUUGAUUCAUUCAAGUUUCUUCAAACAAGUCUUGCUAAUCUUGUUUCAAAUCUACAACCAGAUGAUUUUAAUAAUACAAAAGAAAUAUUUAGUGAAAAUGUAGACCUACUAACUCGUAAGGGAGUUUAUCCAUAUGACUAUGUUUCCUCAAUGGAAAAACUAUCUGAAACACAAUUACCUCCAAAAGAAGAAUUCUAUUCAAAACUAAAUGAUGAAGACAUAACUGAUGAUGAUUAUCAACACGUUAUUAAUGUCUGGAAUACUUUUAGAUGUGAAACAAUUAGAGAUUAUCACGAUCUUUACUUAAAAUCUGAUGUCCUACUUUUGGCAGAUGUAUUUGAGAAUUUUAGAAAAACUUGUUUAAAACAUUACAACCUAGAUCCAGCUCAUUAUUACACAUCUCCUGGUUUAGCUUGGGAUGCAUGUCUCAAAGAAACAGGUCAGGAAUUACAGUUACUACAUGAUUAUGAUAUGUUGAUGAUGUUUUAA